ACCACAGCAGAGAUACAGCCAUGGCACCUACUGUCACUGUACCCAUGACCAACUCUACAGAGUACCUACCACUGCAUAAUAAGCUGAGAAAGCCUUUGGUUGAGAAACUGCGCAGAGAUCGCAUCAACAGCAGCAUUGAGCAUCUCAAGACUAUACUGGACAAGGAAUUCCUGAGGCAGCAUCCAGACUCCAAGCAGGAGAAAGCUGACAUCCUGGAGAUGACUGUCCACUUCCUGAAACAGAAGCAGCAGCAGCAUCCCUCCACCUGCUCCACUGCAGCCAAUGAGGGCUACUCCAGGUGCAUGCAGGAAGCUGUCAACUUCCUGUCCCAGUGUGAGGUGCAGACACAGUCCCAGAGAAGACUGCUGAGUCACUUCCUACACAUGCUGCCUGCAGUGGACAAGAGCACUAGAGUCCAGCCUCAGCCCAGCUCUCCAGUCCGCCACAGCAGCAGCAAAGAGAAAACUCCAUGCUGCACUGCACUCUGGAGGCCCUGGUAGAGCCAUGUGGACUCUCUUACUGUUGACCAACAGAAUUCCUCUUGUCAGUCUGUGACUGACAUGGACAGUAAUUCUAAUGAUGUAGGGAUUGUGUCCCUCCUAUUCUACACGUGUAGAAAUAUUAUGAUUUGCUUUCACGAAUGGAAAGUCUAUUCCAUGACAGAAAGUGUUUUUUAUUGCCAAUUUUCUUAUGAGAUGCUUUCAUUUGAAAAAAGCUCUUAUUUUGGUGACAUGAAGAACUCUGUAUAUCUUUUAUCUUUUUUUGUGUAAGUGAGUUCCAGAACUACAAUUAUAACUCUUUUUGAGUAAUAUAUCCUACCCUCUCUAUUUGGAGAGUACUGUGUUUCCUGAGGAAACAUUUGAAAACAAACUUUGUGAAAGUUCUUGACAUUCAAGAUUGUCGUACAUUUAUGGCUCAUUUUGUGUAAGUGAGUUCCAGAACUACAAUUAUAACUUCUAUGAAGCUAUCCAUUUAUGCAGAAGGAUGAAGUGAAUUUAAUGCAAAAGAGAAUAUUGUUCUGUACCAUAUUCCUUAGCAUAUUUGUGUGCAAUAUCUGAAAUUACAUGUGUUUUCAUG